AUGCUGUUCAACGUCAGCGCCUGUGACAUCCGUGACAAACCCAUGCCCAGCAACAAUGAUAUCAACAAGAUCGAUCAGCUUGAAAGAGUAAAAAAAGUGAGGAAGAACAGUUCACAAUCCGAAGCUGGCUCUUCUUCAUCUGGCAACUCUUCUUUUGUAGCCCUUGUCAAGGCUUCAAAUCUAAAGGAAGAUGCACUGUAUCUUCCACAAGAUUGCACAAGUUCUAAUGGUCUAAAUAAAAAAUGCCGCAAGAUUUUUCUAACAGAUGGAGGGGAUAGAUCAUGGGAAAUGGAUCUGAAGUUCGACAAAAACUUAGAUAGUUUUUGCAUAACCAGAGGUUGGAGACAUUUCUGUGACGAAAACGGGAAAAAGUUACCAAACCAGGAGAGAUUCGUGACUGUAAGACUCGUACCUGACUGUCUUAGAAACAAAAGAUUGUAUCUCUCAAGGCGAUUCCUGAAAAAUAAUGGCUUGGGCGAACCAAAGAUGGUAACACUAGUGGGAACAGAUGGUACGAGGAUAUUGGCUAAUCUUUUACGGGAAAGCACAGGAAGAAUGAGCUUGGGAAGGGGAUGGGUAGAUUUUGCGAAAGCCAAUAGGUUGAAGAUAGGUGAGUACUUUACACUGGAGUCCAUUUGGGAAAAUGACUCUCCUAUUCUCAGUUUGUAUGGGACAAAUACUUCCAAAAGUGAUAAAAGGAAGCGUAGAGAGAACUUUCCAGUAGCUUGUGAGAAAGAGUAUGUGUCCACUGAGGCUAGAAAUAGAAAUGAACCCGAGAAAGACAAGAACACAGAGGAGAUGAUUAAUCAAGCAUCACUAAGCGAAAACCGAUUAGUGAUAACACUCGUACCAGAAGAUGUCAAAGCCGGUAUGCUGCGUCUUCCAAGUCACUUCAUGAAAGCUAAUGGCAUAGACAAAGUUGGAAAAAUAUAUAUGUUGGGUAUAAAUGAAAUGGAGUGGUGGUGGGGAGAUCUAUUGACAAGAGAUGGAAUCGUAUCUGUAGGAUGUGGUUGGAGAUAUUUCUGUGAAUCUAAUGGCGUAAAGAUUGGAAAGUCUUUCACCUUAGAAUGUAUGUACAAAUAUGACACAAGGCCCGUAUUUAAAUUCUGUCCCAAGUCCGGGAAAUAA